AUGCCAGGUAGGCCAAAGAAAAAGAGGAAUAAGGAUGCUGAUGAACCAAAGAAAAAAUUUGGAAAAGCUACAAGGAAGGGCAGGAAAAUGACAUGUUCAGUAUGCAACACUAUGAGGCAUAACAAGGAAGGAUGUCCAAUUGCUAAAAGUAGUGGUGCUUCUUCUUCAACUGCUGCUGCUGGUGCAACCAAUGCAACAACAACUGUUGGUCCUGUUGGUGCAACCAAUACAGCAGCAACUGCUGGUCCUACUGCAGCAACUGCAACUGAUGGUGGUAGUGUAAGUGCAGGUGGAAGAGAUGGUGCAAUAAGUGAUGCAAGAGGUGGUGGAAGAGGUGGUGCAACAACUGGUGCAAGUGCAAGUGCAAGUGGUGCCACAACAAGUACUCCAACAAAUGCUGGUGCGAAUACUCAAAAAACUCAAUCAAGCACUCAACAGUCAACUAGUACUGCAGGUCCAAAGAAAAAGACUUAUUCAGUUAGAAGUGGUGGGACAAAUCCUGGUUAUAAGAAGCCACCACAAACUAGGUCUAAGAGGCCAAGGGCAGCUCGUUAUGGUGUGCUAUUUGGAGAAGGUGUUAGUGUGAUUGAGAGGACUGGAACAACUGAUAGAGUGGUCAUAGUGAUGGAUUAA